GAUUGUGCCAGAGCACAUUUUGAAAAACACCGUUAUGCUUAGUAGCGGUCAGCAGCUAUAUGCUCCAUAAAACAACAAAGUACCUAUCCACAGGACAAACUUUGUUUCAAACCUUGUUCCCUCAUCAACCAGGUGCUAAGGAACUGCUUUUAUCUCAGGAUUACAGCUUAAUAGCCGUUCUUUUACCCAUUCCCGUUCAUUAACCAUAGAGCACACCUUCUCUCUGUGCAUUAAAACUCGCGCUUCUGCUAUAUAGUUUACGCCACUUGAUUUACGGCACCUUGUCGCUCUGUGACUUUCAAAAUUAAAGCAUCCGCUGGGUCCAAGCUCCAACAAUAUAAUAGCCACUCAUAAGUUUACAAAACACUUUACAAAAGAGGUGUAUUGGCUUCAUUUUUAGAUAACUAGUUGUAUAUGUCAUGGCCUGGGUCUAGGGACCCAGGGCUCAUAUAUUUUAGUGUAUGUUUAUGUUUAUAUUUUCCGUGUGGUGUUUUGGUUUUCUCUCCUUUUUCUCCAUGUCUCUCCGUGUGAGCUUCCAGAGGUUUUGGUUCGCUGAGGAGACUGCAAACCCAGAAGUGUUUCUGCUCUAGAGACAGCCACACCUGCCACUCGUUGUCCUCUGCCAGCUGCAGCAGAUUACGCUCGUCAAGGGAGCGGCAUUUAAGACUGUAGCUGACCUGAUGCUGACGCUGGAUCCUUGAGAAUCUGGAGCGGAGUGUGUUUUUGGAAGUCACGGUGUGGGAGUUUUUGGAGUCGCCACUUUUCACCGUUCACAAACAUCUGCACUGUGUGGGAUUCAGGGAGAAUCGCCACGGGACCACAGUGCCGGGAUUUUGUGUAUAGUUGUGUGUUUUCCACCCCCUGUAAAUAAAUCCACUGUCCUUCACUAAGAGUCUCGCGUUUGGGCCUUACUUUCACUGCCACUCCACGGUCUGCCAUCGCAGCCCGUGACAGAAGGAUCCAGCCAUUAUGGACCCAGCGGACUCAAUGGAGAAGCUCAAGAGGGAGGCUGCUUUUCAGCCCGACCAGCUGGUGGAACCUCAGCCUGACACGCCGGCCCUGGCAUCGUCAAAGAAGCGACGCUCGCGCCGCGGGCGCUCCUCACCGCAGCUGGAUUCCCGGACUUUUCAUCAGUCGGCUGCGUUGGAGGUCGAUACACCUGCUGGACCUACUCUGCCGUCAGUUCACCCGCCUGUUGUUCCUGCAUCACGGUCCAGUCUACCGCAAGUAGCUGCCACAGCAUCAUCACCUCCGCCCUCUGCAGCUGCUUCUCCACCAGCGUCCCAUCACACUGCAGCGACCGCAGCACUCUCAGCUUCACCAUCCACAUCACCUACUCUACCAUCAUCUCCACCACCUGCAGCUGCCGUAUCACCAUCUUCACCUUCGGAUCAACCAUCUGUAGCUGCAGCGCAGCCGGAGGAGCCCGCGCCACAGCCCGCGCCGCCUGCAGAGGAGCUCGGUGAGCGGGGGGAGCCCGUGCUGCAGCCCGCGCCACCUGCGGAGGAGCUUGGCGAGCGGGAGGAGCCCGCGCCGCAGCCCGCGCCGCCAACGGAGGAGCUCAAAGAGCCGGAGGGACCGGCGCCGCCAGCGGAGGAGCUCAAAGAGCCGGAGGGACCGGCGCCGCCAGCGGAGGAGCUCAGCGAGCGGGAGAAGCGCGCAUUGUCACCGGAAGACCUCGGCGUGCCAUCGCAGCCCGUGACAGUAUAG